UUUUUUUCAAUUCAAUUCAAUCCAAUCCAAUCCUAUCCACAUUUCCAUCUCCAUUAUAAAUCCCACAAUCACCUCUCCCGCUUCUCCACACCCAAUUCCGCCAUGGACCACCACCUCGCCCUACUGCGCCGCCACAGCGCCGCCAUCUGGCACAUCUCCUCCGACCAAAUGCCGCCGCCGCUCUCCAACAACAGCACCAAUUCCUCCUUAACCAUGGCAGUAUGCAACAGUAGUAGCAGUAGCAGUCCCAUCAAGAAGAGAAAAGCCUCACAGUUCGAUGAUUUGGGCUCCGCCGAAUCCGAAAUCACCGCCAAGCCCGAGCCCGAGCCCGAGCCCGAACCCAAUUCCUCCUCCAAAGUCUCCUCCUCCGACUACAUCCACGUCAGGGCCCGCCGCGGCCAGGCCACCGAUAGCCACAGCUUAGCCGAAAGAGCGAGGAGGGAGAAGAUCAGCAAGAAGAUGAAGUGCCUGCAAGACCUAGUCCCAGGAUGCAAUAAAGUCAUCGGAAAAGCUGGAAUGCUCGACGAAAUCAUUAACUAUGUCCAAUCCCUACAAAAACAAGUCGAGUUCCUCUCCAUGAAACUCGCCGCCAUUAAUCCCCGCCUCGACUUCACCAUCGACAAUUUCUUCGCCAAAGAGAAUAUUCCGGCGUAUCUGGCAGCCCAAUUCGACGGCGCCGACCCGAUCUGCAGCUUCGAUUAUCAAAUACAACACGGAGCCGACGAUGUCCCAAUGAUUCCUCAAAAAUUAGGAAUCUCCGGCGCCGGCGACCCUAAUUUUCUCAUUAAUCCGGCCACCAGCAGCUCUACAAAUAUCUCUGUAUAUAUAUAUAUCCGAUUUCUUACAUCCUCCAUUAAUCUUACAAUAAACAACUAAUAAACCCUGUUUGUUCAAUAUGUGCAGAUUCCAGGGUGGGAAUCGGAUUGGCCGAGCUUCUUCAAUGGUGGAUUUCAUUAGAAAAGUCGAAAAUACUUUAUCCAGCAGCUGUCUCUUUAGUUUACAGAUAAGCCUAGCUAGCUAGGAGCAGUAAAGAACUAAUUUUUUCCAUUACCAAAAAGGCAAUUCUUUUCCAUGGAGAGGGCUUCUUGCAAUCAGUGUAUAUCUCUAUCUCUAUAUAUAUAAUUUGUAUUCCUUUCAUAAAUUAUAUAUAUAAUAUUGGUUUGAAAUGUAUCAUUAUCACCUCAUAAUUAAUAAUGAUCUCUCUAUAUAUAUGUACAGCCCACAAUUUGGAGAUGAAUGUAUUCUUCUAAAUUACAGUUUUUUUUUUUUUUUAGAGUUAUUUGGGAUAUCAUGUUUUUGUAAAGAUGGUUA